UCUGUGUGUUCCAGAUGUACAUCGCACUCAUCUCCCUCCACUCUCUGGUGAUGGUGGUCUUCCACUUCCUGUACUGCUUCGAAGAUGAUUGGACAAAGUGCAGUUCCUUCUCACCUCCUGCGACCGUCAUCCUCCUCAUCCUCCUGUGCUUUGAGGCCCUCCUCUUCCUCAUCUUCACCUCUGUGAUGUUCGGGACUCAGGUCCAUUCCAUCUGUACAGACGAGACGGGCAUCGAACGUCUGAAGGGGGAGCAGGCCAGGUGGGAGAAGACUUCCUGCUGGGAGGCGAUGAAGUCAGCGUUUGGAGGGCCCUUCUCCCCAUCCUGGCUCAGUCCCUUCUCCGACCUCCGCUGUAAGAGGGAUCCCGAUGACCACGUGGCGCUGCCGCAGGGGGAGAUCGUCGAGGACGACGUCAUAGAGAUACCGCUGGUCUAGUGUCAUGAGACUCCCGUAGAACUAGAAUGAACAGAAUGGCCGUCCCGUAGAACUAGAAUGAACGUCCCGUAGAACUAGAAUGAACAGAAUGGCCGCCCCGUAGAACUAGAAUGAAUAGAAUGGCCGUCCCGUAGAACUAGAAUGAACAGAAUGGCCGUCCCGUAGAACUAGAAUGAAUAGAAUGGGCGUGGAACAUAGCACCCUGGCAGGUUUUGACUGGUGAACUCCUGGGUACACUUGCUUCCAUAGCAAGCCUGGUGUUGUGAUCCAAUAUGGCGUCGUUGACUUGAUAAUUAGGAGGGUGAUUUACAUUUGUCCUAUUUCAGACAUGUACCAGUGUGUAUUAUACACGUGUGAAUUGUACAUUUUUUUUUUUUCUGCAUAUCUCAACUCUACCUGAGACACCCUCUGAGUGUGUGUGUGUGGGGGGGGGGGGGGAUCUGGACUAGGCUUUUAUAGAGAGAUGCCAGUUCUAUUCAUUCUAUUUCUAUACAGCCUCCACUGGUCUAGUGCGGUGUCCUUCCUACAGUGCUACUGCUGCUUGGACCAAAGCCUUAAAGAGAC